AUGGGGUCUACCUCUAAGUAUUCAGUUCCCUCAGAGGCGAGGCGGGUCUUUGAAAAUGGCAUCCUACGAAACCCUUUGAUGGACGCAUUGCCCAAGGAAUUAGAGUCUCUCAGUAGACAUGUGCGGUUUGAGGGCUCAUUUCGGCCAAUUAUUCCGAUCAAUUGGAGAUUCGCGGAGAGCAUAUCGGCGAUCAAGGCCUUUGAGGCCACAAUGCUAAAUUAUCUUCUGGGUCGGAAGUACAAAAUCGACCCUGUCGAGAUUGUCAUAAACACGAACCAUGCGAGUCUUUUUUUCAUGUCCCCCUUGAUCGCACGCUAUGUCAAAGAGGGCACCCCGGUUCCGUUAGAUCCAUUUUCAUCAGAAAUGCAAGAACUUUUCCCGAACCAAGACAAGCAUCGAUCUCACGCAAGUCUCCAUCGAAGCUUGGUAACCAAUAUUUAUCAGACAAAGGACGGUCGUUUCUAUCAUAUACAUGGCAAUAUGAAUCCCGAACCUGCCCUGGCAGCUUUGGGACUCUCUCUAGAGGGUGAAGAGAUUGACACUUAUGACUCGGUGGUCGAAAAGAUCCAAGAUAAGAUUCUUGAGUAUAAUGCAGAGGAUCUUGACGAACUCGUCAACGAAAAAGCCCGAACUUCAGGAACCAUAGCCUGGUCAUCUGAUGAGUACUUUGCAAGUGAACAUGGCAAAACUUCCGGCAAAGUUGGACUUUACGAGAUAAUUAAAGACCCAAGCUCGAACCAGCAGGCUUCUUGGUGGCCAGAAAACGCCUCUAAUCCUUCUUCACCAAAGCGACCGCUCGCCGGUCUGAAGGUAGUAGAUCUCACCCGAGUCAUCGCCGGCCCUACCAUCACAAGAAGUCUCGCUGAAAUGGGCGCAAGUGUCAUGCGCGUUGUAUCUCCGCAUGUGACUGACUUGUCUGCCCUUCACCAAGAUUUAAACUGGGGUAAGUGGAAUUCGUUCUUGCAUCUCAAGGACGAAGCAGACAGAGAAAGGCUACGUAAUCUAAUUCGCGAUGCUGACGUCGUGGUUGAUGGUUAUCGUCCUGGUGUCAUGGAGAGAUUGGGCUUCAGCCGUCAAGUUGUCUUUGAUUUGGUAAAGGAUCGUGCGCGUGGUAUAUUGCACGUCCGAGAGAACUGCUACGGUUGGUAUGGGCCAUGGACCCACCGCAGUGGCUGGCAGCAGAUCAGUGACGCUUGCUGUGGUGUUUCGAGAUCUUAUUCACAAGCAAUGGGCCAUGAUGAGGCUGUAACUCCUGUUUUCCCAAAUUCGGAUUAUUGUACCGGUUCCACAGGUUGCACGGCAAUUUUGGAGGCCCUUGUACGCCGUGCCGAAUAUGGAGGCUGCUAUGGCAUCGACGUCUCACUCAACUAUUAUUCCCAAUGGCUUGUUCGCUCCUGCGGAGCCUACGACAAUGAAACAUGGGAAGAAUUAUGGGCGAGACACGAGAAAUUAUCCUUCCGCCAUUACCAUGCAAUGCAGUACUCGAUUCCUGCCAUGAUAAAGAGUCUCUAUAAGCACGAUCAGGAAUCGCUUUUCAAUCCGGAAUUUUUCGAAACAAGAAAGUCGAAUGUUCUCAACGCUCAAUUCUACCUGGUUAAACCAAUUGCCCAAUUCCCUGGCAAGGAAGUGGAUUUGAGUUAUCAGAUUGGCACUCGUGGAAAUGGCAUAGAUUAUCCUGCGUGGCCAGAGGAUCUCACCGUUGAAACUGUCACUGGAACCCUUUGA